AUUACAUUUUUAAAAAUUUUAAGCUAUAUCUCCCAGCCUAACGUAGAUUUUCAACAUAUCAAUGAUGAUUAUGGAUAUCUUAAACAAUUAUGGUUACAAGGUCACAGGUCAAAAAACAUGUGACGAUAUUUUGUAACCAUAAAGACUUAGUUGCUGUGAUUUAUUAGUAACUAUUUGAAGAAUUUGUAAGUAUUAGCACCUACAGAAAAAAUGAAUAGUCUCACGAGAAAGAUUCUCAGGUUCAAAGAUAUCGUCAAUCUGACAAAACGCAUGACUUCAACUGGUCAUCUACCUGUUACUGAAUUAUCUGAUGAUGAGAAGGUUAUGAAAGAAACAGAACACCCUGUAGAAUGAAGGAUAUUUUUCAGUUGCUCGCCUCGCAAAGGAACAAAUAGCGCCCCAUGUAAGGGAAAUGGAACAGAAUGGCAGAAUCAAUGAUGCUGUGCUGGACAUGCUGUUCCAAAAUGGGCUGUUGGGCAUCGAAAUAGAUUCUGAUUACGGUGGAUCUGAGUGCAACUUUACGACAACUGUAGUCGCAGUAGAGGAAAUAGCUAAAGUAGAUCCAGCUGUGGCAGUUUUAGUAGAUAUUCAGAAUACUCUUGUUAAUUCAGUCAUCAUGAAACUCGGUACUAAAGAUCAGAAGGACAGGUAUUUGCCAAAAUUGGCCACAGAAACGGCAGGCAGUUUUUGCCUGACUGAAGUAAGUUCGGGUACUGAUGCAUUUUCUUUAAAAACGACAGCAAAAAAGGAUGGGUCUGCCUAUCUACUUAAUGGAUCGAAAAUGUGGAUAUCAAACUCAGAUAUCGCGGGGAUCUUUCUAGUUAUGGCAAAUGUGGAUCCGUCAAAGGGGUACAAAGGCAUCACAUGUUUCAUAGUGGACAGAGACUCACCUGGCCUCAGUGUUGGCAAGCCAGAGAAAAAAUUGGGUAUCUGUGCUUCUGGAACCUGUACCGUAAAUUUCGAUAAUGUCAGGGUCCCAGACAGCAAUAUCAUUGGUGAAGUUGGACAGGGAUAUAAAAUUGCAAUAGGAUUUUUAAAUGAGGGUAGGAUAGGAAUUGCAGCACAAAUGUUAGGUCUAGCCCAAGGGUGUUUUGAUGCCACGAUACCUUACACUCUCGAAAGGCAUCAAUUUGGUCAGCCCAUUUUCAACUUUCAAUCUAUGCAGCACCAGAUAGCCUCAAUAGCAACCGAAAUCGAGUGUGCCAGGCUUCUCAUCUACAACGCCGCCCGAUUGGUCGAGCAGAAAAAACCGUUCGCGAAACAGGCGGCUAUGGCGAAAUGGUACACGGCAGACGUGGCACAACGCACUUGCAUCAAGUGCAUUGAUUGGUUGGGAGGAGUCGGAUUCACCAAGGACUUCAUUCAGGAGAAGUUUUAUAGGGAUUGUAAGAUCGGAAGUAUCUAUGAGGGGACUUACAAUAUUCAGCUUUCUACUAUUGCCAGACAUAUACAGCAAGAGUUUAAGCAAUAGUGUGUUUGGGUUAGAUUCGACAAAAACUUUAUCCAGGAAAAGCUCUAAAGGAUGUUACUCAAUGAUAUGACUUAAAGACAGGUAUGUAUUCCUGACCCCAAUUAAAGUAGAAAAGUUCAUAACGUGUAUCAUAUAUUUACUAUUAGUAUAUUUAAUAUUUUUUCAAUAGUACAAUCUACCUUCUGAUAGAAAAAAAGUAAUAGCAAAUCGUUACGGAAAGUCAAAAAUAUGUUCAUUACAACAGAACAUACUCCAUAGCAACCAUUUGAUUUCAACAUUUUUUAGACAUCUAAUGAAGUUCUUUCUAUUUUUUCCUCGAAAACGAUAUAAGAUACGGAAAGAUACCGAGACAAAAAAUCAUAAGCUGCGCGAUCCAAGAAAAUAUAUAUUUAAAAAAAAUCGAUGGCAUAUUUUUUUGUCAAUAAUAUUAGUGAGACUGCUUCCUGAAACGUCAAUGGAAGUCAUAAUUACCUUCUAAUUAGUACCAUGAUACUAUAAUUCGAGUUAUCAUGAGUAAGUGCUAACUUACUGUCUUAUUGCAGUGAACAACACUGCCUAAAUUCGGCACAAGGAUAUUUGAGAUAUUGAUAUAAUAAUAAAUAAUAUAAUAUAAAAACAUUUUAUUCAACUUUGAUACCGUGAAUCGCAAAGCUAACCUUUUAGGACACAUUUUUAUAUGAGCUUUUCUAUUUAAAUUUGGUACAGGAAUGCGCCCUUGUAAUUAUGGCCUAUCAUUAAGUAAAGCAACUGAAAGAUCGCCAGCACCUCUGAGAGUGCUUGUUAUAUCCAACAUGCUACUGUCGCGAGGUAUGUUCAAUAGUGUUUCAGAAUGUUUUCAGGGAAAAUAAAGAGCAGGUUCAAGACGUCAGAGCAUUAAAAAGCGUUCUUAAAUUCCGCAAAAGCUUCACCUGAAUAAUGUAGGUGUUUAAACCUGCUCCGCCAUGAAAAUUCAUCUCCCAUUUAUCGAAAACAGAUUGUAACAUAUAGGCAUGAGUUUUAGUAUAUGCGAAUGUAUUAUCAAUCGUAACAUUAAUAUGUAAAAAAUAUUUUUCAAGCAUAUCAGCGACAUCCACGCUGGCAAGACUAUGUUUAGCAACGAAAUGGCACACCGCUGGUUUAAGCAAAAAAUAGUAUUAGUAUCUUGAAGCUUGAUUGAUUCUACCCAGAAACUCUCUCAGAUGCGCCGUAUUCAAAAUGAAUAUUAUAUUAACCUGCAGUUCAUGUUUAUAGUUAUUAAAAGAUAGUAAUUGAGCUGGCACUUUCUUAGCAAACAUAAACUCCAAAAUGCACUUUUCAAGCAGAAUCACAAACAUACGUUUUAACACCAUGGAACCGAAUCUAAACUCUGUUUUCAUAUUUUUUACGUGCUUAGGUCUGGGUUUGGCUUAAAAUGAUCCUGAUACCCUGAUUCAGCCAGAUACGAAUUUUCCUACGAUUUCAUCGAAUUCCUCAUAAAGACCAACAGAAAUUAAAUAAAAAAAUCAGGAUGUUUAUCGAUCAUAAAGAAUGUAACGCAUUUAUUUUUUUACAAAAACCCUUUUUAUCAUAGAUAAGAAUAAAUAUUUAUUGAAGAAAUUAUGUAUGCCCCUUCAUUAUUCCUCAGAUUUUUUAUAGGUUAAUCAUUCUUUAACCUAUACUCUAUUUCACGAGUAUCCAUCACUGUUUACACUAUUUAUUCACCAGUAUCCAUCACGGUAGAAUGAAAGCUUAUUAUCUAGUAAUAUCUCAAAAUUCCACAUAUCGGCACAGGACACAAUUCUAACGGAUCCGUCAACGUCAGGUAGUCAGAGCCGUAUUUUGUUUUGAUUUUUUGUACGUUACAG